UGCGAAAGCAGGCUUGGCUUUUAACUGUAAAGGGAGUAACAUGGUGCCCUGGUGGCUGUUUGUGUUUACGUUAAAGAGAGAGGUAUUUCUGUUGUAAGUACGGUAAUCCACACACACAUUUCAUCCCUCGCUAUUUAUUUGUAUCAAUGUGCAAUCCCCCUCGAUGGGAAAGGGUUUGCGGUUUGGAAACCUGAGCAUUUCUGUGGCGCUUCUGCUCCUGCUGAAAGUAGCGCUCACUGGGACAUCGUACACCUCCGCCGAGGGGAAGCCCGGAGCUGCCGCCGCUGAGGCCGGGGCGGAGGCCGGCGAAGAUGGUGGCAGUGCAAUAGAGAGAGGGCUGGAAAGCGUGUGGGCUGCAGCGGCAUUCGGGGAUGUCACUGUGGAAGACGAUGAAAACGCAGCGGCCGAGGAAGCGGGCGAUUCAACAGCGGAAUCAAGUGGGGACGGAAAGAUCAAAAGGUCUCUGGUGAUCAUCAGCACUCUAGAUGGGCGGAUAUCUGCCCUGGACCCAGAGAAUCAUGGCAGGAAGCAGUGGGACCUGGAUGUGGGCUCCGGGACUCUGGUCUCCUCAAGCCUCAGCAAGCCUGAGGUGUUUGGGAACAAGAUGAUCAUCCCCUCCCUGGACGGGGCCCUGUUUCAGUGGGAUCGGGACCGAGAGAGCAUGGAGGCCGUGCCCUUCACUGUGGAGUCGCUCCUGGAGUCUUCCUACAGGCUCAGAGAAGACACUGUGCUGGUCGGAGGCAAAUCUCUCACAACUUACGGACUCGGAGCCUACAGCGGCAAGCUACGAUAUAUCUGCUCUGCGGUGGGAUGCAGCCGCUGGGACGAGGAGGAGUCAGAGCCUGAGGAUGUGCUGCUUCUCCAGAGAACACAGAAGACUGUCCGUGCAGUGGGACCUCGCAGUGGCAAUGAGAAGUGGAACUUCAGCGUGGGGCACUUUGAGCUGAAGUUUGUCCCCGAGGUGCAGCCCGGAGUGAACUUCCUGGAGGGAGAUGGAGUGAAGAGGGACGACCCCAAGGUGAUCCGGGAGGAGGAGGAGGAGGCAGCCGAGACCAAGGACACGGUCAUCAAGGUUUCCGUGGCAGACUGGAAGGUCAUGGCUUUCACCAAGCGUGGGGGGCACCUGGAGUGGGAGCAGCAGUUCUGCACACCCAUUGCAUCUGCCUGGCUAGUGAGGGACGGCAAGGUGAUCCCCAUCAGCCUGUUUGAUGACACUAGCUAUACCGUGCGCCCCGAGGACCUGGAGGACGAGGAGGACAUUGUGGAGGCUGCCCGUGGAGCCACAGAGUCCAGUGUCUACCUGGGAAUGUUCCACGGGCAACUUUACUUGCAGUCAUCCGUCCGCAUUUCGGAAAAAUUCCCAACAAAGUCCAACGCCCUGGACACUGAGACUGGCAUCAUCUCCCUUCCCACAGUGAAGUGGAAACCAUUGAUACACUCCCCGUCCAGGACUCCAGUGUUGGUGGGUUCAGAUGAGUUUGACAAGUGUCUGAAUAAUGACAAGUUCUCCCAUGAGGAGUACAGCAACGGAGCUCUGUCUGUCCUGCAGUAUCCCUAUGACAAUGGGUACUACUUCCCAUACAGCUGGCGUUACCGGGGCCGACGGCACACGCAGGUGAGCUUGCUGGAGCACCAGGAACCCUCGCGGGCAGAGCUGCGCAGGAAGGACCCUGUGCUGCUGCUUCCCUGGUGGAAGGAGAUCCUGGGAACCAUCGUAUUCUGCAUCGCCGCCACCACCUACAUCGUGUGCAAGUUCUUCCACCCCCCCACCCUGCACAUGAGCAGACAGCGAAAGGAGUCUGAAACCCAAUGCCAGACGAACAGUACGUUCGAGGAGGACGGUGAAGAGCUGAAGGACAGUAAUGGGACAGAAGGGAGGGACAGCGAAUACGUCUCCAGGGCUUUGGUUUGUCCUGCCAGGUACCUGACUGACUUUGAGCCCGUGCAGUGUCUGGGACGAGGGGGCUUUGGUGUUGUUUUUGAGGCCAGGAACAAGGUGGACGACUGUAACUACGCCAUUAAGAGGAUACGUCUGCCGAACAGAGAGCUGGCCAGAGAGAAAGUGAUGAGGGAGGUGAAAGCUUUGGCAAAGCUGGAGCAUCCUGGGAUCAUUCGCUACUUCAACGCCUGGCAAGAGACCCCUCCGGAGGGCUGGCAGGAAGAGAUGGAUAGAAGGUGGCUGAAGGAUUCCAGCACCACUGAUUGGCUGCUAAGUUCCCCAGAGCAUUUGGAGGCACUGUCAGUAAAGGUGCCUGUCCCAAAGCCCCUUGCCCUGGCCCUGUUCUCCCAGGGCCUGGACUCCACCACUAACACAGAGAUCAAAGAAGCCACCGAGGGCCCUUCUGGCCAUGUCCUCCAUGAGCAAGACAGCUUUAUGACGGAGAAUGACAGUCCUGGGGAGCAGGAGCACUCCUUUGAAUUCUGCCCCCCUCGGCCUGGCGACGAGAGGACCUCCUCCUCCUUUGACAUCGUCUUCAAGGACUCGAGCUAUGAUCACACCUCCAGGUCCGUGGAGCCUGGCAACAUCCUGACCACCAGCAGAAGCCCCCCGGUCCCCCUCUCCCACGCCCACUCGCCUCCCAGACACACCAACCUCACCCUGGGCCUGGUCCCUGUCCUGACUGAGCGCAGUGCCAAGCUCCCCUCCCCCAAGGUGUUCCUGUACAUCCAGAUGCAGCUGUGCCGCAAGGACAACCUGAAGGACUGGAUGAGCAAGAGGGGCUGUGUGGAGCAGAGGAGCCGCCCGGAGUGUCUGGGGAUCUUCCUGCAGAUCGCGGAGGCUGUGGAGUUCCUGCACAGCAAGGGGCUCAUGCACCGGGACUUGAAGCCCUCAAAUAUCUUCUUCACGAUGGAUGAUGUGGUGAAGGUGGGAGACUUUGGACUGGUGACUGCAAUGGAACAGGAGGAGGAAGAGGAGGAGGCUGCUGUGCUGAAUCCCAUGCCAACCUAUGCCAGGCACACUGGACAAGUGGGCACCAAGCUGUACAUGAGCCCAGAGCAGCUUUCUGGAAACUCGUACUCUCACAAAGUGGAUAUCUACUCCUUGGGCCUGAUCCUGUUUGAAUUGCUCUGCCCUUUCAGCACCCAGAUGGAAAGAGUUCGGACCUUAACAGAAGUGAGGAACCUCACAUUUCCCCCGAUGUUCACCCAGAAAAACACGCAAGAGCAUGAGAUGGUGCAGUGCAUGCUGUCGCUGUGCCCGAGUGAGCGCCCCGAGGCAGAGGAGAUCACAGAAACGCCCCUCUUCCAAGAGUUUGAGGUCCCCAGCAGGCUGGUCCUGAGGCAGCGAUCGCGGACAUACAGCUCAGGGAACAGAGACUGCAAGCAGCCCAGCACCUGAAAGGAGGAUCCAGCUUCACACACACCAGGGCCUUUCAGUGUCUCUCCUGAGAGGAGGAUCCAGCUUCACACACACCAGGGCCUGUCAGUGUCUCUCCUGAGAGGAGGAUCCAGCUUCAAACACACCAGGGCCUGUCAGUGUCUCUCCUGAGAGGAGGAUCCAGCUUCACACACACCAGGGCCUGUCAGUGUGUCUCUCCUGAGAGGAGGAUCCAGCUUCACACACACCAGGGCCUGUCAGUGUCUCUCCUGAGAGGAGGAUCCAGCUUCACACACACCAGGGCCUGUCAGUGUCUCUCUUCUGAGAGAAGGGGGCCAGUUUCACACACACCAGGGCCUGUCAGUGUGCAUCUCAUGGCUUCACACUGCUGGCACUGCCCUUCUCUAGAGGACGUCCGCUCCACACAACCUCCUCUCACUCCUGGGUCUCUCCUGGGUGAAACAGGACCAAGUGGGGAAAAAAACGAGCUACUGGAUCAAAUUGUAUUUGUAUUUUUUAACCCAAUUUGAAUUUAAUCCUUAGUCCAAACCCAUGUUACCGUUUUUUUUUCUGGUGACUGCUUGAUAAAAAAUCUGAUCCCCUGCAGCUAAAGAGCCCGUUCUGUCUCUCCAUUUAAAAAAAAAAAAAAAAAAAAAAAAAAAGUAAAAAAGAGAAGAUGAGUAAGUCAGGUGCUGUUGGAACACAACGCUUAACUGAAGUUAUUCCACAUUUUAAAAUGAGAACAAAAUGAUUAAAUUGUAAUUCCACGUUAACCCUGAGCUGUUCACAUGCUGCCUCAGUCUCGUAGACCCUUGUGAGGGAUUAGACUGCUUUUCAUUUGAUUAAUGAAUGCUCUGUGUCUCUAUGCCAUGCCUGGUUCAAACACAGUCUAGCAUGCAGAUGUGUACUUUUGAUCAGGAGAAGUUUUAACUCAAAAGCAACAUCUUCCUGUAAUUGUUCAUAUUGCACCAGUUACAGACUCCUUAACAUUUUUCUAUUUAGCUUAUCCUUGUGUGUGUUUUGGUUUUUUUUUUUUUUUUUUUUUAAACACACAUACUGUACAAUAUUGUAUUGGUAAAAUGGACACUUACUUGGCUUGUGUAAAACAUCAUCUCAGGUAAACCUGUAUAAUUACUGCGACACAACAGCCUUGAAAUUCAAAGCAGGCGAGCCAACUGUCUCCAUACAAUCACAGUCUUGGUUAUAAUAAUGUAGUAAAAAGGUGUUCUAGCUGGAUGAACAACGAAGUGGCAUUUUUGUGUAAAACUGUCAUUGCAAAAUGUUGGAGGUUUGAAGGGAUCUGAAUAUCUUUUUCAUAUUUCAUAUUUCUGCAGUGUUUAUGCAUUCAGAAAAUGCUGUUAAAUGUAUUAACUUUCAAUAUAUAAAUCAAGCUCUCGUUCUUAAAUUAUGACUUAGACACGAAAAACUACCCUAAGUAAGGCAUUAUUCAGUUAAUAAAACCAUUAGGAUCUUCUAUUGCUCACACGAACUUGCUGGACAGAGUGUGAAAGUAAGGAGACAGAAAACUAUAUUUUAAAUGGGGAAGAGUUUAAAACAAACUAAGAAAGAAAACAAGAUUGUGUGAACUGCAUGCAAAUGGAAUAUUUGAACUUCUUACUUCGGUUGAAGUUAUUCAUUCAUUAUGUACUUUGGCCAGCAGAGGGAACUGUUGUCGCAUCACUGCCUUGGCUUGAAAAGGACUGAUUUUUUUGCAGGUUUAUUUUUUAUGUAUUUUUUUCAUACUUGUAAAUAAUGAUUGGCUACUUUUUCUAUCUUUAUGAAAUUACAGCUUUUAAAAACACUGUACAUACUGUUUGCUCCCAGUUUUUGUAUUUGAGUGCAGUUUUUUGAUGUAAUUGGAGAUAAACCAGUGAAAUGAUACUGCGUCAUAAAGAACACAUAAAAGGAAGUUUAAAUAAUAAAGAAGGAUUUGAUCACAUAAAGCUGCAUAGCAUGUUCAGCAAGGCUUGUGAAUAUCAUUGCCUUGUGUUUAGCUAUAUGUACCUAUGCCUCCUCUUCAUUGUUUUGUAUAUUAAAAAGUCUUCAGCUUG